AUGAAGAAUCGUGAAUUCCAGCUCUUUUCCGAGCUGCCACCCGAGAUUCGCGCCUGCAUCUGGCGCCACGCCAUUGAGCCACGCAUCGUGCCUGUGACGUGCUGGGUUGGCAACCAGCGCGCCGAGGCCAUCAACACCUCACGGGCGACGCACGGUCCGGGAUGGGAAUCCGAUUCAGCCGCGGUGCGUCGCCGUCGCCAGAAUCAAAAGGACCCUACGACCAUGACGCAACUGCCACUGGAGCUGUAUGCCGUGGCCCUUCACAAGCCGCCCGUGCUGGACGUCUGUCGAGAGACGCGUUCCAUUGGACUGUACGAACCGAUGAUUUUGACGCCCGGGAGCAGUGCCUCAUAUGCAUGGGUCAAUUACCAUGCAGAUGUCAUCUAUCUACAGGAUGACCAAGAGCCGUACACUCGAUUUCGAAACUGCGGGCAUCUAGUGCGACGCCUACGCAUCUGCGCCGACCCGAGCGACGAGUACUGGUUCUACAACCAAUCCGCAACGCUCAAGUCUACGUUUUGCCAGCUUGCAGAGUGCUUUGUCGUUAUGGGUACAGAUGCGCGUAUCUGGGACUGGAAAUGUUACGAUUACCAAAAAUGGUUUUCGUGCCCUCCGGAUAAUAUUCAUCUAAUUGAUGAAGAAAACGGCGAGCAAAUGACGUAUGGAGAGCUGCUUCGAAUGUCUGACGAGGACUUGAAGAAAUGGGCAAUUUCAGCAAGCAGAUACGCGGAUGAGUCAUGA